AUGGCGUCUGUGGACGAACCCACAACUGGACAAUGGCUGCUUUCGCUGCUGGAACCAGGAUUCCUUCUGGCUUGGGCCAUGUCUUACUAUGUGAAAACUAGUCUGGCAGCCGUCUUUCAACGCGGCCAGAUCCUCGCUCCCCUGCUGGAGACUCGUCGACUACGCGACGAAGCAUUCGGCAAGUUCUGGAUUAAGUUCAGCUCUAACCGAGAAGGAGCCAUUGAAUCCGCCCAACCGCCUCCCGAUCAAUCCACGCCCCUCACGCCGCCGGAAGUCCAAACCUCCUCGGACCUGAUUCCGCCUGUUCUGGCACAGGCCUCUGGUCUGGUGCUGGACGUGGGACCCGGCACCGGGACUCAGAUGCCUCUGCUGCGCUCCCCCGCCAUCAAAGCCAUCUACGGCGCCGAGCCCUGCCACGGCCUGCACGAGGAGCUGCGCGCGCGAGCCGACGCCAACGGCCUCGGCGACAAGUACUUCGUUCUCCCCUGCAGCGUCGAGGGGUCGGAGCUGGCCCCCGCCCUGCAGAAGCACGGCCUGACCCGCACCAACGAGGGGGUUUUCGACACCAUCGUCUGCGUGCGCGUCCUGUGCUCCUUGCCGAACAUGCAGCAGUCUCUCAAUGAGCUGUACGCGCUGCUGCGGCCCGGCGGUAAGCUGCUCAUCACAGAGCACGUUGUGAACCCGUGGCGAACGUCGAAGGGGUCCGUCGUGGCGAGGGUCGUGCAGGCGCUGUACGGUGCUUUGGGCUGGAGCUUCUACAUCGGUGAUUGCUGCCUAAAUCGUGAUACGGAAAAGGCGCUGCGGCAAGCCGGCGAGUGGGAAUCCGUCGAGCUGGACCGGUGGUUCGGCCGCACGGUGUUUCCGUAUAUCUCGGGGGUUCUGGUCAAGAAGGCGUAA